AUGUCCGUCGGCCGCUAUCUUUUUGGAAACCAGAAUCUUGCAAGUGACGAAUUCUUGGCGUUGAACGAUUUCACAGAGAAGAUAUUCGGCCAGGAUAACAUCCACGAAAAUUUCAGUUUUGAAGAACAGUCUACCAUAACCGUCGCCAUAAUAGAGUCCGCGAUGACUUUCCCAUUUACUAGUGCUGGUGCUGCAUAG